AUGUCGUCGUCGGUCUGGAUCACAUCGACUUCGGCCGACUGGGUCACGGCCGACUCGCUGACGCAACGCAACCUCCAAGUCACGCAGGAUCUCUACGACUUGGCACACUCUGCAGGAAUCGACAUUGAGCCCAAGACCUUCUUCCUGAUCCUCGAGAUGAUCCGCAUGGGCAUCCCGACCUCGUCGAUCACCCAGCUCCUCAAGCAGAUCCACCGGGAGAAGCCCGAUCCCAGCCGCCGUUGA